GGCAGCCGUCAACGGAGCUCGCGCGUUGCUUGACAUUUUAGGACACCACCGGUCUUCGCCGCACCACUCUAGAAUAUAGAUUCUAGACAUCAGCCUCAGUAGGGAGCGCCCAGCGACCAAAACAUACCAGAUCAGGUAGGGCAUUGUAGGCACUUCAGCUCCGGAACUUGCUGGGCUGUCGAGGUUCUUGCUGGUUUCGGGCAUUCAAGUUCUUCCUUGCGCCAUCAGGCAGCAGGUCGGGUUAACUGCCUUGUCGCAGAGGUCACCUUCUCGCUCCGCGGUCAGCCAGCCAUGAGCGGGAAAGCGGCGUACCAGCCGCCGCGCCCUGUGGUGUACCCGUCCCUGGACUGGCAGCUCGAGGAGUUCCUCGCGUCGCUGCGCGCCUCCGGUCACCUCGCCUCGCUCCGCGCUCUCGCGCGAGCCCGCGCGGAAAAGCGCCGGCUAGCCGUCGCCAAGGCGGAGCGGGACGCCGCAGUCGCGGCGGCUAGCGGGAACACGUCGAACAGACGGCGGGGAAGCGAGGGCGAGGAGGAGGAGGAGGAGGAGGAGGAGGAGGAGGGGGGGGGGUUCGAGUCAGAGAGGGAUGAGUGGGAGCGGUGGACGCACCGGCACGCGGAGGGCGAGGAGGGGGAGGAGGAGGACGCGUCCACCAGCACGGACUCGGAGUGGCUCGACUGCGAGCCCGUCGACCCCGGCUUUCACGAUGUCAAUGGCGGCGCCCGCACUCCCAAUGCCGCCGCCGGCACUCUUGCGCAGUGGGCCAUGCGCCUAGGGGGAGGCGGCGGGGCGCGGCAGCGCGCGGGGCAAGAUUCGGGCUUGGUGAUAGGGUGCGACGAGCGGGGGGUGGGGAAGGACGAGCAAGGGCUGUACAGCAAGGGUAACAGUGCGAGUGCAAUGAACGGCGGCGAGGAGCAGGUGGUAACGGUGGCCGAUCUUCACGGCUUCCUGCAAGAUCUGGCCGUUGACGACGACGAUCUCGCCAAGGCCGGCUGGCGGCAGACGCUCAACCGCAAGACGGACCGCCUCUCGUGCCGCGCGUGGUCGCGGGAUCCGCCCGGCGGCGGCCCGACGGUGUACCGCUGCCACAUGGUGAUCCGCGAGUGCAGCGCGGAGGCCGCGCGGGACUUUUUCCUGGACGAGGACUACCGCGCGGAGUGGGACGACACGCGCGCGCAGGGCAGCCAGAUGCUUGAGGAGUGGGACCCGCAGGGCGAGUGCGUCGCGCGCUGGGUGCGCAAGUUCCCCUUCUUCCUGCGCGACCGCGAGUACGUCGUCGCACGUCGCGUGUGGUCGCUGCGGUCGCACACGUACCACUGCAUCUCCAAGCUCACCGCGCACCCCUCCGCGCCCCCCCGCGCCAACUUCCUCCGCGUGUCCGCCUUCACGUCCAUGUGGCGCGUCGCCGCCGUCACCGACGCGCAGCAGAUCUCCGCCGUGUGGGCGCCCCCGCAGGAAAAGGCGCAGGCCUGCCUAGGGAAACCCGCGCAGUCCGCCAGCAACGACGGAGGCAGGAACGGCGUGUGCUGGAGGCAGGCGGGCGGGGAAGAGCGGGGGAAGGGCAAAUGCGUGGAGUCGCGGGCGGCGCACGGGCAGGCGGACGGGGGGGAUGCGGAGGAGGAGCGGGAGUGCGGUUGCAGGGGAAGGGCUCCAGCAGUGGAGCAGGCGUGCGACAUUGUGACGAUACACACGGAGGACUCGGGUGUGUCGCGCAACAUCGCAAAGAUGGGCGUGGCGCGCGGCAUGUGGUCGCACGUGGUGAAGAUGGAGGCCGCCAUGCACGCCUAUGUGAAGGCGGGGCGCAAUGCGAAGCACUUGCUGCCCAUGUUCCUGCUGCACGCCGAUGCCAUGCACGCCGCCUCAGGCAUGAGACCGCUGUGAGCUGUGCGGUGUGGUGUGGUGCGGUGCGAUGUGGUGGAGACAGCGAGUGUGGAGUGGCAUGCUGUGUGCUGCAAGCCAUGCUGUGGGGCAAGCCGGCUUUGACACUUUCAUGCUCCUUUCGACACCCCCUAUGCCGUAUGCCUCGAGGCCCAUACUCCAUGCCCCAUGUCGCAUGCCGCAUGCUCCAUGCUUCAUGCUCCAUACACCAUGCCCCAUGCCGCAUGUGACAUGGCCCGUGCUCUGUGCUCCAUGCUCCAUGCUCCAUACCCACAUGCCAUCCCCAGCAGUAUACCCAAUGGCCCUUUGACUGCCACACUGACCCACCAUUCCCCAUGCCUACAUGACAUUCCCAGCAGCAUCCACGAGCAACCCAAACUAACACACGCCACACAGAUUGCCCCAGGACCGCUUUUUAGACGCCCACCUGCCACCCACUCCCUCCCAUCCUCGUCACCGUCUGACUGUUGAGCAUAUGUGAUGGUCAACAACAAUGGUCCAAGACCCAAGCCAUGAUCCGUACUGGUUUGAAAAACAAAUCUAGACUGGAUCCUGGAUCGGGCGUGCGUCACUUCUGCUACUGUACACCGUUCUUAGAAAGGUUCAUAGUCGGGCGCAAGCUCCUAGGCUUCUCACGCGAUUGUAUGUGUAGUAGUUCUUUGCUGUUUGACCCUUGUCUUCUGAAUUUUGAUUGCUGAACUUCUUUUGAGCUGUAUUAUUGAGA